AGGACCUUGCGUUCGGAUCGGGGAACGUUCCCCCUUCUUCGUGAUUCGCGACGUAACCUCGUUGGACUGAGGACUGACGUCGGAUACAUUUGCGUGCGACCCACGAAUUCGUCAUAAGUCCCCCUUUUCUUUUGCUCGAACGGAGGCCGCCGUCCUCAGCCGCCGUCUUCAGGUUGCGGGAGUUCGGGUGAUUGGGGAGGAGGCUUGGGAGGGACAAUGGGAGGCAAAUGGUGGAAGAUCGCCGUGUUCGUUGGGGUAAUAGGGGUGAUGAGGGAAGCGAACAAGCGAUAUGGGUGGGACAAGGAGGGUGCGCUCAGGGUGCUUGAAGAAUGGUCUGACCGGCUUGGCAUAUGGGCGAUCCCUGCGUACGUUGGGGUUCACACCCUCAGUCUCGCCCUCUGCCUCCCUUGCGCCGUCUUCUUGGAGGCCGGAGCUUCUCUCCUCUUUGGCUUCUCCACUGCCGUCCUCUGUGUUUUCGCCGCCAAGUUGCUUGGGGCUUCGCUCUCAUUUGGGAUCGGCAGGCUAGUUUUCAGGAAUUCAAAUUCGGCAAUGGAGUGGGCUCAAAGCAACAAAUACUUUCAUCUGCUUUCUAGGGGAGUUGAACGAGAUGGUUGGAAAUUUGUUCUUCUUGCUCGGUUCUCACCAAUACCAUCAUACAUAAUAAACUAUGCCCUGGCUGCUACCAAUGUUGGGUUCGUGUUGGAUUUCCUCCUUCCCACGGUCAUUGGUUGUGUGCCGAUGAUCCUACAGAAUACAUCCAUCGGCAGCCUUGCUGGUGCUGCCGUGGCCACAGCUUCUGGAACUAACAAAUCUAGGGUCUGGUCGUUCUUGUUUCCCAUGCUUGGGAUUUUAUCAAGCAUUCUUAUAUCAUUGAGGAUCAAAAGUUAUUCCUCUGCUAUGAUGGUGGAUGAAUCUUCUGUUAAUAAGGGUAGUGAUAAUCAUGGCAGUACUACUGAUUCAGCCCACAGUUCAUCCGGCUGAAAAGAGAGUAAGGACGUCAAGAGAAGACGGUGAUAAAUCUAGAAACCCUCUUUAGUUUACAUAUCUCACAAGUCUUUUGGUUUAGAAGAUGUUUGCCGCUCUGGAGAUCUGUUCUUAUCAUCCAGAGGCGGCUCUUUCAUGCAUUGUUGACUGACAUGUUAAAGUCUUGGAAGUUUGUUGCAAGGAUAAGUCAUAGCAUUUAACAAAUCACGCAGGGAAAGCUCUAGGCCUCUGCUCUGACUUUCAUGGUAGAUUGUAACAUUGGUUCUCUAGAGCCUGAGAUUUUAUUUUAACUGGUUCCUUCCUUUUGGACUUGA